UCAUGAUGUUUGGUACUUGGCCUUUCUAGUUUUUGAUUGAACUUCUUCAGAGGUUGACAUCUAUCCGUACAGAGAAUCCAUAUGUCUGAGGUGGCCACGUAUCGACUCAUCUAGCUUUGACUGUGUUUGGCAAGCAAUGACUUGAAGGCGACCUACCUACCUACUUUAUACACGCAAGACCAGCAAAGAACAGCCCCAGACAAUCCUAGCCACAAACCAAAUAUCUGCGUAUUACGCAAUAAUUUCCCCAAGUCAGUCAUUUACAGCUCAAAUUAAGCUUAUAGCGGUCAUCAAUACAUCUUGGUCGUCAUCCUUAGCAUUCGAAACGUUGCGGCGACUCAGGUGGCAGGUUGACCAAUUGCGAGUUGGAAAUGUUCUGCUUUGUGAAUAGCAGCAAAAGGCGGAACGCUGAAAACGUCAGCCACAGCUUCAGGCGACCUUCAGGCUCAGGUGGUGUCUUUAGGUUCGAGAGGACAUUGAGGUACGACUUUAGCACAGGGAUGCCAUUCAGCAAGUCCAGGAGAUCAUCGCAAAAGUCAUUCGACUCGAAAACAAGCGGUGAAGCGGUGCAGAAGAUUGAGAAAUGAAGGGAGGAAAGAAUGAUGGAGAUGAAGCUUUGGAUACCUGCAACCUCUGUACUGGCUUCAAGGCUGCCUAGUAUGCUCAUGGUGACAAGCUACAGACAAUCUAUGUGGGCUACAAGCUCACAUCAAAUAUUGAGGUGUUCGGAUCUGUGUCGCA